AUGACAUCGCUCGCUGCUGGGAUCCCGAGGAGCCUUUUUCACCUUCGCGUGCAAACCCGAGCAUUCAAUGCUCAUCAUGACACCUUUUCUUUGCGGUUGGCCAGUAGAAACUAUCUCCGGACAAGGAAGUUUUUGCUCAUGUUCUACGAUACUGGCAGCGUACUGGUUGUCUUUGGAAUGUUCACUGCUGUUGUUCUGCUUGUAUGGACUAUGGUGUCACUCUUGUCUUCCGCUUUCUUGCGACUGACUGCGUCAGAUACUUCCGCGUCGUUGUUGAAGAGAGCUUUUGAUGUCACCAGUCGCCCAACGACAUAUUCUAGCGUCACGCGUGCUGUCAACCCAAUUAUCCCUGGCUUGACCGUUCCACUAAAGCACCUACCGCUGAUUCUACUCUCCCUUUGCAUCAGUCAAAUUGUUCAUGAAAGUGGGCACGCUAUCACUGCAGCAAUUCAUCGGAUUCCUAUUUUGGCGGCAGGAGCAUCUAUCACCUUGAUGUUCCCCGCCGCAUUCGUGACGUUGCCUUCUGCAAGGGUAGAAGAAUUGUCUUUACUCGAUCGUUUACGGGUCAUAACUUCAGGCUGUUUUCAUAACCUGACGCUCUGGCUGAUUCUAAUGGGUGUGGCCUGGUCUGGUGUCGGACAACGGAUACUGUCAGUAGGCUAUCAAGAUGUUUCUGCCCAAGGGCUAAUCGUGGCCCAUGUUGAAGCAAAUUCCCCUCUGAGCAUGCAUCUUCCUGUUGGAUCUUUCCUAACGACACUCGACGAUCUUCCAUUGAACUCAUCUCGUGAUGCAUGGUCCGCUUAUCUAUUGGAACCCACACCGGCUGUUUACAAGCAGGGAUGGUGUGUGGAUGCGUCGCGGCUUAGUGACGAUCAACAGUGUUGCGCGGUUACUGAUAAUAGUGAAUUAUCGUUAUCUUGUUUUGUGUCAUUCGAAAAUACGGUGGAGGAGUAUUGUACCGAUCCGAUAGCCAUACUGUCCAAAAUGCAAAACCGAUGCGAUUCUUCAACAUCGUGUCUGGAGUCGCAGUCGUGCAUCAAACCGAGGGGAGACCGAAAUAUUUUACGGAUUACGGUGCAUCAGCAAGGGACAAGCACUGAAGACAAGCGCGUCGUACUCUGGAGCGGCCCUAGGUACGAGGUUUGGGAACAAGUUCAAACUACACAUUUCGCGCCGCGUUUCGGCAUCAUACCACUAGGACUACCCCUCGUGUUCGCAGAUUUCCUUCAAUAUCUAAAGCUCACCAAUCUUUCGUUAUACCUUCUCAACUCACUUCCCCUGCCCGCAUUGGACGGAUCUCAAUUACUAAUAAUUUUACUGGAAUUGGCCUUUACCAGAUGGUUUCAUACUCCCACAACCAUGUUCGACAUCGAGUCACUGAGGACUCGUGGAAGUCGUCCACGAGAAAGGAGAGUGCAGCAGGUGCUUCGAGCAUUCGUAAUUAUCGGUACAUGCACACUUCUAGGCUCGUGCGUCAUGUUGGGUAUCAUAGAAUGGAUGAGUGUAUGA